AUGGCAAUUCCAUCCAGUCUACAACGAUUGUUACCGCAAAAAUUUUUGGGAUUCGUCCCAUUGUUUAUUGGCGUUGAGGUCAUCCUUGGAAUCACAAUUCUCAAUAAAGCCGGUGGUUUAUAUGGUAUUCUAUCAUUGUUUACGGGCCAUCCUAUAGACUUUUGGCAGUGGCUUUACAAUUCUUUGGCUCUUAUCAUGUUGCCAAUAUACGCCACGGCUUUGAUAAAUUUGAGACACAAGUCACGAAAUUUGCGAAAAAUAUCCUUAGCCACGGUUGUCUAUCUCAUUGACACUAUUAUAGGAACCUUCUACACAAUUUAUUUUGUCUUUUUUUGGUUCAACUCAGAGGAUGCAAGUGGUGAAGAUGCCAGUGGUGAUGCGUUGAUGAAAAGGAAAACGGAUUCAAGUGACGAAGGAGCUGAUUUAUCCUCUCAGUCUGCUUCAGCCGGUAGAGAGUUGUUUUUUAUAUUUGCUACAACCAUAACAAUGUGUUUUGUCAGGAUUUACUUUUCAUUAGUCAUGGUAAGCUUUACAAAAGCGUUGUUGAAGAAAAAUUCGAUGGAACGACGCUAUAGAGAUGGAUCAAGUGAUACUGUUGAUGCCGACUCUGAAGAAAACGCAAUUUUAAACUCAACUGGGCUCUAUGGUGAAUUCAAGAAAGUCAUACUUGAUUUGGAAGUUCGAGCAAAGGAGUUCCUCGAUGAGUUGUUGAAUUGA